GUUACGAUGGCCGUUAAUGAAUUUUAAUAAAGAAAAAUGUAAUAAAUAAAGCGACAUUUUAUGACGUUUUUCUAUGAUGUCACAGGUUGCUUUUUUCAUACAAAUUCCAUAGUGAUUUCGUGUUUUGACGUUUAGUGAAAAGUAACUGAUUUGACUAGUUGGAAACUAGCCUAGUUAUUGCUGUAAACGGCCAUCAUAGCCCGCUUUUAGUGAGAAUCAGUGAGUGAGUGUGUUCCAGAAUAGGUAUGACUCCCGGCCUACAAUAUAGCUUGUAUGGAUCUGUAUCGAGUGCGAUGCGGGAGGCAAUUACAGAUGGCAGGUGCCGACAAUGGUCGCGGUCAAGCUAUAAGGAACCAAUUUCGUGUUGAGAACAAAUGCACUGGGGAGUGUGUUCCGAUCGACGGCACAAUAUCUAUCAUGGACAGUCUGGCCAGCACCACAGCCACUGCCGGGGACAAUGUGAACGUGGCCGGGGACGGGCCGCAGGUCGCCAGGACGGGCCGCAAACGGGUCUCCGACUUCUUUAACGAGAUCUACAACACUUGGAAUGGGCUUGUACUGAACUCGAUCCUGCGACCUCAAAGUGAGAGGCAAGCGUUCUACCAAUUGGGAUAG